AUGGUGCAGACAUUCUGUGAUGAUUUAGUGGCAGAAGGGCUUUCUAGAUUAAUCAUGUCGCCCAGUGGGAAAGAGAGGGCUGCGGUACUCGCUGUCGAAGACUUGAACGCUCAUUACCAGCUGUCCGGUGUGGCCCUGAAGUGUUAA